UUAAAGGCAGAAAACGCAACAUGAGCUUCGAUUUCAGGGCUAACAAACCACAAUCAAAACCUGUAGCUAUAAAGGGAACCAUAAUAAAAGAAGGACGUAUGGAGCUUUCAAAAAAGAGCGAAUGGAAAUUAAGUUCUGAAAUUUCUUUGCAAUCUCCUGUGGUCGAUGCGACGGUGAGGAAUACUAUCGAGAAACGAUCCAAACAAUCUCAAUCAAUUUCUGCAAAUUUUGGCGUUGAUUAUCAGUUGGAAGGAAAGCAGAAGCAUUCAUUUAUCAUCUCAGGUACUUCACAGAAAAGUUCUAACAAAGUGAACACUCAGGCUAAAUUAGAAUCAACCCAAUAUCCCAGAGGAAACAUGUACUUGACAUGGGACAUGCAAAGAGAAUCUAAAGAAAGUCUUAAGAAUGAUAUUAAAUUAAAAUAUGGGCAAAAUCCUGAAAGAACAUACAUUCAAGUGAAACAAAAAUCUCGUAUACCUGAGACCGGUCCAGGUCACUGUUCAGCAACCAUAGAAAUACCUCAUCGCGAUAUUCACUAUGAAUUGAGUCUUACUCAUGAUAUGGAUAUGAGUGAAAAGCCCAGGAUAAACAUUGAGGCAGAUUUUUGCUAUAACCAAGACAAACAUAUAAAGAGUGUUUUGGAUGUUAAAUAUGAAUCCAAAAGUCCUCUGAAAGCCUCGGGAAGACUUGAAUUGGAAUAUCCAGGCGGUCAUUACAUUUAUGAAGAUGAAAUCACUGAAACGGAUGACAAUGUAAUAGAAGGCAAAUCCAAGCUUCAAUAUAAAAAGGGUAAAAUAAUUCAACUCCAUUAUAAAUACAGAAAAUUAAGUAAUGAUGCUAAAUUCCACCAUGAGAUUGAAAGCUCUAUUCAAACGCCAUCAUCAAGAAGUCCUAUAAAUGGCAAAGCAUCAAUUGAAUUAAAUAGCGAAUCUUUGGCUAUUGUAGGUCAAAUUGGACCUGAUUAUUCCGUACAAGCCUCUUUGAGAGAAAGUGGGGAAAGCCACAUCAAUCUUAAACUGCCCUUGAUUGAAGGGGAAAUAAAAUCUAUUCAAGAGUAUAAAAAGAAAAGUGUUGAUGUAGAUUUGAAGAUAAAGACUCGAAAACCUCGGCACAUUACUGGAUCAGUGAUCCUUGAUUUAAAAGAUAAGAAAAAGUUGGAAUUGACUGUUUAUCCAGAUGUUGAUCAUGCCCCUGAAAAGAAGAUAUUGGUAUCUACAGUUGUGGAAACUUCAUCAAGAAAUUCCAAAGAUAUUUACACAGGUGCAACUAGAUUGCAAAUAUUAGAUCUUAUUGACCUUUCUCUUGCUGAAACGGGAGAGGUUUCACUCCUUGGGGAUCAAGAAUGCACAUUAGCAGUUUCAAUAAAAAAUCAAGACCCAUUGAAUCUUAGAUUUAAGAGAAAAACUGAUAAAGGACACGGAAAAAUGACAUUUGCAGUAUCCAAAAAUAAUGUUGAAAAGGCUAAAAUGGAAUUGGAUACUACACUGAAGGAAAUUGACGGUAAAAAAGAAUUUUCCAUUGAAACUUCGCUUAUUUCUCCAGAUAAUUCUUUUGAAGAUAUACAUAUGUAUUUGAAGACCCAAGUAACUCGCUCCGGGUUAUCUAAAACUAUACAGACAAUUGUAUCCUUUAAGAAGAGUGACAAAGUUUACAAAACUGAAUGGAAUUCCGACAUUCAACCAAAUGGUUUAGAAGUCAAAGCUCAAAUGCAGACUCCACAUGCAAAUUAUGAGAAAAACGCUGUCGGUUUCUCUCUUCAGUUAUCAGAUACCGGGGUUUCCUCCUUAGUGAGCAUUGAUUGCUUGACUAACAAAAAGAUUUCUAUUCAAACCGAGAUUAAAACAAAAAAACAUGGACUUAGUUUAACUUGUAAACUGAAUACUCCUUUUGAAAUUUCAAAAGACGUACAACUACAGGUUACUUUAGAUAAUCAUCACAGCAAGAAAUCUUUAGAAGCAUACAUAGAUGCCAACAAUGCAAGAAUUUGUGCUAUUGAAGGAAGAAUGAGUAAAUCCUCAGGAGAAGCUCAACUUGAAGGAAGUAUUAAGGUAUCUAACCUUCCAAAACUCAAAUUUCAAGGACUUGAUGUAAAGCUUCAAAAAUCGCCCAGUGCUGUUUCAGUAGCAGGAAGCAUUCAGAUUAAGAACAACAAAGAAAUAUCCCUAUAUUCUGAAAUUAAACAAGAGGGAGAUGUUAUAUCUACCACCACAAGCAUUGCUACACCUUACAAAAGCUUAAAAGACACCAAAGCAUAUCUCUCAAUUGAAAAUCAAGCACACAAGAGAAGCAUCUUAUGUUAUUUUGAUGCCAAUGGAGAACGAAAAGUUGAUGUUGAAUUAAGUGUUGCUUCUUCGUCACAAGUUGUCGAAGUAAAAAGUCGAUUGAAAACUGUUCGCACUCCAGAAAUAUCAGCUCAUGUAAAAUGUGAAAAAACUGGACAAUCAUUUUCAAUCUCAGCUAAUGUUAUGAAAGGCACGUCCCCUUUGCUUUCCACAAGUUUAAAUAGGCUUUCAUACCACGGUGAAGAAAAACUGCUGUUGAAGACAAAAAGCUUUGAAGACACUCUUCUUGACGUAGAAAUUUCAAAGGAUGUAUCUGAUAAAAACUCAAAUAAGUAUAGCUUAAAAAUCAAAGGACUGUUCAGACCUGUGUCUAUCACAUUCUCAAAGAAUUAUAAUGACAAGAAUUCCGUUAGUACCGAAUUACGUGCUUGCGGAGAAGUUCAGUCUUCCCCGGUCUGCUACAGUUUGAAAUCUUAUCACAAAUAUUUACUGAAUUCCGGAAAUUACCGCUUCUAUCAAAAAGUUACAAUGGAUUUGGAAAAAUCUGUUGGAGGAUCUUACUCUAAAGCAGUGGGAAGGCUACAUGUCUUGAUGAGUGCAGCUGAGAAUGAUUACAGGUCAAAAAUAACUAUGGAAGUAAAUGAAAAGAGAUUAGGAUACGAAUUAAAAUUGCAUUCCCGACAACAUGAAAAUGAUCGUUGUUCCCUCGAUUCGUAUAUAUAUUUGCCACAACAAACUUGCAGAGUCAGGGCAAAUAUCCUUCACAAUGAUCAUCGCGUACAUUUAGAAGCUGAAGCCAUUCCAAAUACAGAGGAUCCUACUCGCAAAUUGAGUUUCGAGGUGAAGAAAGAAACUAACCCUGAUAAUCAAGAGGUUUCAGGAUACAUGAAAAUGAGUCAUCCUCGCAUGUCUCAACCUAUUUUAAUCACAUGGAAAUUCCAUCCUGUUGGAGAAUAUUUUGUUAAAGGAAAAUUGGUUAUACAUUCUGGUCCAGUGUGGGGAAAGACUUUGAUGAUUGAAGCAAUUCCUAACGUAGAGCAGGAAUCUUAUGGAAUCAGAUCCAUGGAAUAUAAGAUUUAUACUGAUGACAAAAGUAUCGAUGCAUACUUGAAGCUGAUCAGACAAAGCUCUAGAAGUGAGAAAAAGAUCGGAUAUGAAUGGAAAUACGUCUCACAUGAUGUUGAAAAGAGAGGAGGAAUGACAUUUACAUUCUCCGAUAAGAAUGGUGGACCUAAAACAGUAACACUUUCGUUCUUCAGUCCAUCUGCUGACUAUGAGGUGCAAGGAAGUGCUUCUGAAGGUCCAGAGGAUAUCAAUUUCAGCAUCGCUUCUGCUGGAAAAAAACUGAGAGAAAUUCGCAUCACAACUUCUGAUUCAUGCACUAACAUCGAAGUCACGAAAUCAGGACCUUUGAUCAAGAGCCAGAUCUGUGUCAACAAACAAGAAGGCAAUGCACUGUAUUUACUAAAAGUUGAUGUACAAUAUCGCCAACAUAAAUGCAUUGAAAUCCGAGUGGGCGUAGAUCCAGAAACACCAGAAUACGUUGAUGUCGUUUUCAAAUGUAGCAAAGAAGAAUCAUGUCAAGCUUUGAAGGCAUUAUUGGGCAGAGAUUUAUAUCUCGGAAGCAUUUCUACUCUCAAAGAAGAUGUGCUUAGAAAGGUGAGGCAAGUCAAGCAAUAUGUUGUAGACCAUGUGACGAAGGUGAAAACAUCUCUUCGAAACCUAAAGCAUGACAUCUUUUCUAAGGUGAAAAGAAUAAUAAAUCAACCUAAUAGAAUGGUAAAGGAAUAUAUUGGAAAAGUAAAGGAAUAUAUUAGAAAAGUAGAGGAAAUAAAAGAAAAUAUCCUGAAUCGCAUAAAAUCUCUAAUACCUGAUCACAUUAUAGGAACCUGUCAGAAAUAUUACAAAUAUUAUGAAAAAGAAGCCAUUAGAUACUACCAAAUGUGCUCAGAAAUGGUGAGGCGAUCCUGGCCAAGAAUUGGAGUUAUUUGCGAUGACAUAAAAUCCACCUUAGGACGCAUUGAUGUUAACGAAGUUAAGGCCCUCAUUGACAGUAAAGUAAACGAAUUCAAGAAAUCAUUGAAAUUCCUAAUACCAAGAUUUAGACUGAUUUACCCAAGUGACAUUAUAAAUUUUAUUAAAAAGGGCAUUGAAAAAAUCCACAAUGAAAUAGUAGAGAAAUUCGGUAGAAUCAUUGGAGAAACCAUAUUGAAUCAGAUACGUAAAUAUGGCACCGAACUUGAAUCUUUCAUUCGCCAGAAAGUUAUUGAGACCAUUGAUGAAGCUAUAAAGAAAAUGCAUGAUAUAAUUUUUCAUGAUGAGGAUCUCCAAACCGCUCAAAAUUUGAUUCUUAAUGCUAAAGAGGAGAUUGUAAAAGCUUGGAGAAACAAGGAAAAGAUUGCCGAAUCUUCUGUGAAAAAAAUAGAGAGCGACAUGAAACAAAUUGUUGACGGACAAGUCCAGGUUUUGAAGUAUGAUCCCAAAGAAGGAGAAUUUAGAUUCAGAGUUCGUCAGCCAUUAUCGAAAACUCAUGUUGAAAGUAUGAAACAACAACUAAGCAUGUUGUUCCGUCAAAUUCGAAUGCACCUGAACAGAUAAAGAAACCGCUUGUGUCUAGCGACAAAUUGUGUGAAUUUUUGUGGGUGAUGUGUUUGAAUAUUUGGACUGAUAUUUUUAAAGACUUGGUCUCCUGUUUUGAAAAAUUUCAGCAAAUUUUCUUAUUUUA